UCCAACGCCACUAUUGUUUUCUUUUUCUUUCCAUUGCCCACCAUUGUCCUUAACGAAGAAAUUACCUGUUUUUCCUCUCUCAAUUCUACUCCAGAGAAUGGCAUUCUGGUCAAUUUGUGAAAACCAAACAGAAAUGAAAGAAAAUCCUUCGAGGGAAGCAAGCUAGUCCCAUAAGAACCAACCAAAGUUGAAAAAUAUUUCAUUAUAAUUAACAUCCCACCCUGGCCUUUCUCCAGCUUAUUCAAAGAAGACAGUCAUUUUUCAAACAACAACAACAAACCUAUCAAUGUCUCGCUCGAGCUUGGCAAAGAAGCUUUGCCACGCUAAGAAGGCGUGGAAGUGCUUCACCAUCACACUCCAAUCCAAGCUCCACAAGCUCAGGACCUCCAAAGCCAUAAAAGCCGCCACCCGCCGCCUCCUCGCCAUCCGCUCCUUCCGCUUCAUUUUCCCGUUCAAACGACACAAUCUCAUCAACAAACCCUCCUCUUCCUACUACCAAUAUGGCCAACAAUACUACCACCAGCUGGCUCAUAAGAACUUUGCUGCCAUACACAUAGACGAGCUCUAUGAUCAGGAUCCCGUCGCAGGGCACUCCAAGAGCACUUUGCAUGCACGUGCAGGAACAAGCAAAGGCAAAGAAGUGGUUGACGACAAAAGUUCGCCGAGAAAGAGCGAAAGCAUAUACGGGAUUGAGGAUGCAUGGAAGCAGGUUGUUGCUUCGUCGCCGCAUCUUCGAGGAGUGGAUGAUAGAGCGGAGGAGUUCAUCUCCAAGUUUCAUCAAGAUAUGAAGCUCCAGAAGGAAAGGUCGCUUCUCGAGUUCCAGGAGAUGUUGGCCCGAAGUGCGUAAAUUUGAUCCAUAUUUUCUUCUACUUUUCCAUUACAAGAUUGUGAGAGUUAUAUAUAGUUUUUCAUGGGGCUUGAAGGUUUGAGAUUUUUUCCUCCAUAUUUUUUCUUUUUUUCUUUUUCGUUUCCCCUUGGGGGUGGUUUUACAAUUUGGGUACGUAUAUGAAAAUGUAUAGGAACUUUAGACUUCUUGUGUAUUCUCUCAUCGAUUAUUCUUUUUUCAUAGGGCUCUUUUUGGUGAUUCAAGAUAUAUAGAUACAUAUAUAUAUAACGAACGAGUGCU